GGUCCCCGGAUGUGGGCUUGGCGCGUGAUGGGAAUUAGAGUCUUCGGAUCGUGCUUGGAACCCGGGUUUUGACGGCGGUGGAUGCAGCGUUGCAUGCUGGGGGUUGUAGUCAGAGGGGGGUCACCGGAUGUGGGCUUGGCGCGUGAUAGGAAUUUAAGUCCUCGGAGUUCGCGAUUGAUGCGCCAUCUCCAAGGAAACGCGUUUUUGGAAGGAAGGAAGGAAGGAAAGGUUGGAGUUGGCGGACGGGCGGCAAAAGGGAGAUGCCUUGAAGGAGAACUACUAAAUGCAGCACAUAUGAGACUACACCAGCAGGUGCAGCAACAUUUUCCAAGGUUGACCUGAAAGCCUUUAUUUCAUAGCGUUAUUAUGUCACGGGGUUGCUUCGUGUUGUUGAAAUGCAUAUUGCUUUUAAACCGGAAGACGUAAUGUGUGGAGUGGGGGGAGGCAGCAAAGCCCUGACCCUCCCAGGGCUGCUCUGGGGCGGCGCAGAGCCGGUUGUGGCGAACCCGUGACCCAACUCUCUUCAUCCCUGAGGCUGAUGGGAGUUGGGUCCCCCGUAACAGCUGGAAGGCCCACCCUUGGCGUUGACGGAGGCAGAGCUUUAUUAUCCCUCCUAAACGUGGACAGGAUAGUAAUGGUGGACUCCUAGCUCCACCCAGAGACAGUUUAAGGCCACUGCCGACCUACUUUGCAUGAGAAAGCAAGCGUUAUAGCAAGACUGCAUGAAUGCAGUCUUCCCCUAAAAGUGGGUUGGAAAGUGAGAUCUUUUGCAUGAAAAUCUAUGCUGCUCCACUGAGCUUCAGAUCCGCUUCUCAGUCUGCAGCUGAAUGUAGCUAAGUAGCAGGCCUUGAACCUUGUAGUGAAUAUUGUUCCCCACCCAUCAAAAUGGCACUUCUGCCAUGCAGAACAGUUCACACCAUAAAAUGAAUUUACUGUACACAAUAAUUCAAUAUAGAUCUUUUCAUAAUUGAUUCUUGCAUUUAGAAAAGUGUUACAGGGCUUUUCAGUAAGCAUAUCAUUUCAACAGCCUACAAUUGAGUCAUUGUCCUUUAUUAUUUUAGUAGAUUGGAACAGUGCUCAGAUUAAAUUUGUAUCAAUUUAACAUAUCACUGCAGCAAAUUCACCAUUAUUUGAAACCUGCUGCCCUCUUUAGCCUAUUUAUAUGAAUUUUCCAAGCAAAGGGUGGUUUUGUGAAGUGAAGAGGGAGAGCAACCAGUUUUAUUUUUCUGCAGACUAAGUAGUAAUUAAUCCAAUGUGAACCUGAGAGAAUAAAACAACAGUAUGCCCAAAAUGGUUUCAACUAUGCAUUCUCUUCUAAUGCCCUAAUACUGUUUUACAUGAUCUAUUACUGUAUGAGUUUGGGGGAGAGGGAAUUGUUUUGAUUGCUUUGAAGAGAAGGUACAGUAACGGCUUUGUGAAAGCUGGUUGCAGAGCAAACUGAGUUUGAUGGAAGAAUAGUAAUAGAUUGUGAAGUGGAGGGGACAAUUGCUUAGACUAAAGCAACAUAAUUUAUUAUAUUAGAGAAUAAACGAUUGUGGAAUUAAAAUCUUGAUGCCCAAGUAAGAUAUUUUUUGGUUUGUGGAAAUAAACUGUGAGGCAGGAGACUAUGCAUAAUUCUAUAAAAUGACUAUUACUGGAAUUCACUGCCCAAGACCAGGAAGAUGUGAACCAGGAAGAGUCUCACAAUCUAUUUCUUUGCAUGUUUAUUGAAAAGUUAGUCCCACUGAGUUCAAUGGGUCCUAUACAUUACAUAGGUCUGCAUAGUGUUGCUGUUUAGAGGUUGACAUCAGUUGGAAGAAAGUGAGAAAUAGGAGCUUCCUUAGGCCUACAUCCAUGGGGCAUUAUCCAACUAACUCAUUCCAUCAACACAAGAAUUUCUGUUUGUGCAGCAGAACUCCCCCCCCAUCACAUGUCUAGCACCAUUCCCAUAUUUGCUCCAGAGGGUUAUGGAAACCCCCACAACAUAUUUGUGGGGCACAUAGGGGCAGGAGAGGAGGGAAAGUUCUGUUGCACAAGCAAAUUUUCUUGCACUGAUGGAACAAGUUAGUUGGAUACCACCCACAGUUAUUGACGUCAGAUUAAACGACAGGUGAAUAAUGUGUUUCAGUGAAUUUCUAUGUUCAUCCACUAUAAAGAGUGAAUUUCCCUCCACUGUCCCCAUAGUCUCCCAUAGAACACCUAUAUAUGAGCACAUAUGAAUUCCUAUUGUCUAGCAGGCAGAUUUCUAAUUCUAUACUGCUCAUAGGCAGAUUGCUGGGGUAAAUAGGUUACUAUGGCUUUCAUUUUGUAUCUGUCAUCAGGAAUGAUGGAAAAUUACCAAUGUGCACAUGUGACUGACCGUAUGUGACCUGGAAAGCAUAAUGCACACCAAAAAAAAACCCCGCAGAUGCAUUUUGUGGUAGCAAAGUGUGUGAAUCCUUUACAUCAGUUUUGCUGCAAAUUCUCUUUUAACUUUGGUUAUGCAUAAAACCACUGUAUAAUGGGUGCAGUGAGGCAGGCCAUCUCAUGGCAGAUUUUGGAGUUCCAUUACAAGGCAAAAAACCAUCAAAUAUUUAUCAGCACAUCUCAUCUUUUUCAUCUCAAAAGUUUCCAGGCCUACCUAUUAGGGAUGGUAGCCAAUGCAUAUUUUUUUCCUAAGGAGCUUGUCUUGGGAGUGUAGAAAGAUGCUUUAUACUCAGUCAGACCCACUGGCCAAUCUAGUUCAGUACUGUGUAUUCUGACUGGCAGCUUUCUAUGUGUAUACCCAAUGCUGUCUGCUGUACUUCCCGAGAGAGAGAAAAAGGCAACAGCUCCUCUCUGGAGCUGGUGCAACUUGCAUAUAACCACUCCCGUCACACCUGCAGCCACUCCUGUGGAUUACUCUGUGCUGAGAAACCGGGCGCCUUCCAGAUGCAUUUGGACUAAAUCCCGCAGUAUCCCUGACUGGCUGGGGAUGUUGGGAGUUGGAAGUCCAGCAACAUCUGGAGGGCAACACACUGACUACCUCUUCUUUACACUCGACGCUCUCUGUUUGGGUGAAGCGCUGAAUACGUGCCCAGUAGCAGCCUAUGCUUCAGUUGCCCUUGCUGCUGCGCCCCGCCCAGAGAGAGGGCUCAGCUGGUUGGCCACAGAGACCCCAAUGGUCUGUCCCCCAGAACUUUCUCACCCGACCCACUUUCCCCUUUUAUCGCUCUUCCCUUUUUUUCAAAUUUUUUAAAAUUAAUUUUCACAAAAUUAUAAACAAAUAAAGCACACAAAGGAACAUAAAUCAUAAUCUUAUUAAAAUUACACUUAUUAAGUGACUUCCUCGCUUCCCCUUGGUUGAAUUUCCAUGCAUAUCCUUAUAACGGCUUUCCAAAUCCUAAUUCUUAUAAACCUAACUUAGUUCAUUAACAUCCUUAUAUCUUUUCAAUUCAAAAUUGUACAUGUUAAACAUCACUUAACUUACAUAAAUUUCUAAGCCAAUCUGUCACCUGCAAGUUAUUUCCAAUUAGUUUAACCUUUUAUCGCUCUUCCUGACAUGCUCGGACGGCACUGCCGGCCACGCAGCUUUCCUGCGCCCCGGAGAAGCCGCCCGGGGAUCGGGCAGCCGCUCUUUCCCCGCCUGCGCCAGCUCGUUUCCCACGGGAUGCGCUGUAGCGCUGCAUGGAGUGGGCGGGGGAGAGGCGUGAUCCCGCGCCUGCGCGUUUCUUGGCGGAACUGAGAGCCGAGGCACCAGCAGCCGGCGGCCCGCUGUUGCCGGUGCACCUCGGUGCCUUGCAGUUGGCCGGGUUGUCGGUUUCUUGCUGGUAGCCGCUGCCGAGGAAAGGCGGGGCGGGCGGGGGCGCGUUUUUAUUACGGGAAGCAAUCUGUCGGAGGAUACUUUCCUCAUAGCUGCCGGGGGCGAAGAGGGGUUUGUGUGGGCGCCGCUGCCUAGGCUUACCCUGGUCUCCCAGCAACCGGCCGUUAUACCCUAGCCCGGGCCCCGGCCUAACGGGCUCCGGUGGUUGCUGCUCGGGAACCGGGGCGGACCCCGGAGCGUCUUUCCAGCAAGUGGCUGGCUGGGAGUCGCCCCACCCCCCAGCCGCCCAGGGCUCUUAAAUGUGGCCGGAGCGGAGGGAGGAGCUCAGCGCCUCCGGCCAAAGCUCCAGGGAAGCUUGGCAAAGACGUGUUGGGGAGGAGGAGGGGGAGGGAGAGGAGUUGGCUUUAAUUCAAAAGCGUUGUGGCACCUUAGCAGCUCAAACUUAUGCUGCCGUAAAUGUCUGAAAGGUGCCCCGAGAUCCACCACGCCGGGAGCGUGUUUCGUGCAAUAGACUAAAUGCCAUUACCCUGUGGAAUUUGGCUUGCCAUGGUGGGUUGAAGGACGGUGGUUACAUACGGACCAGCCUCGCUGGGCAUAACCCAUAAAGGAUAUUAUGCAGAAAAGGGGUAGCAAAGUUGGAGUAAAUGAGGAAUUGUUUAAAAAGGAUACCCAUGUACAUGGAUAUAGGUGUUUAAAAGGUCCUUCAAAAGCUAUGCUGUACUUUACGGAUGAUGAACCUCCAGCUUAUCCCCCCCCCCCCAUGGGUUCCUUGCCUUUAGCUAUUGCGAGACUUGCAGAAAUUUAAGAGUUACAAAUGCUUUCAUUGCACUUUCUUGCUGGACAAUGUUCCAUUGAUGAAUGUUUCUCUGUCCAGUUAAAGUCAGUGGACUUCAGAGACAGUGGACCUAUAGACACUAUGAGAGGGAAGCAGCUGUGAAGGGGUUGGAAAGAUGAUGGGUUAUUUAUUAAAAUCCGAGCCUAUGAUUUUUGCUUGUUACCGUAGAUUGUUCUACACAUUUCUUUUACCUUCUCAUACAGGAUAUGCGUAACAUUCACCCUGCCUGUUCAAAGAGCACUGGAAAAAAAUGAAGACUGGAAUUAUCUGAUAAGAUUCUCAACAUCGCACCUUGCUAGAGAUCUGUAUCACUUCCACCUUCUAGCAGGGUUGAGGGAAAAGGAAAUAUUUAACGUGAGAACUUUGCUUUCACUCUUACUGUUGAUUCUUCAUUCAAAUCCAUAGUACUAUUUUUUUUUGCUGUUAGAUGCCUGAGUGUUAACCAUCAUAAGUAAGUAAAAGGUAAGCUGCCUUAAUGCUGAGGCAGAUCAUUGGCCCAUCUACUUCAGUGUUGUCUACACUGACUGAUUGCAGGUCUCCAGGAUUUCAGACAGGGGUCACUUCCAGUCCUACCUAGGAGAUGCCGCAGAUUGAAUCUGGGACCUUCUGCAUUCAAAACAUAUGCUCUAUGAUAAAGGACAUUGCUUUGCUCCUAUCAUUGUAAUCAGCUCUACUCCUAGUGUGGUGUCAGUGUGGUCUAGUGGUUAAGAGCGGUAGUCUCGUAAUCUGGGGAACCGGGUUCGCGUCUCCGCUCCUCCACAUGCAGCUGCUGGGUGACCUUGGGCUAGUCACACUUCUCUGAAGUCUCUCAGCCCCACUCACCUCACAGAGUGUUUGUUGUGGGGGAGGAAGGGAAAGGAGAAUGUUAGCCGCUUUGAGACUCCUGAAAGGGAGUGAAAGGCGGGAUAUCAAAUCCAAACUCUUCUUCUUCUUCUAACAUGCUAAUUAACUGCUGUCUCUGGGCAGUUAUUUAGGUAGUUGAGAGUAAGUGAUGGCCACUGCUUAGUAUAGGAUUUUCACAGUUCUUAAAAGUAUGAUACCAAUCUGCACGAAAGGGCACUUGGAAGAGGUCAGUCAGUCACUGGAGAACCGUAUGUUGGCCGGCCUCCAUUUGAAGCAUGCUUAAAUUUACUCUAUUGCAUGUUAUAUUUAGCGACAGAGACUCAGAUGAACUUAAUGGUCUUUCCUGCCAUUUCCUGCAUAAUUUGUACCAUAAAUACUUGUUGCAUAGUGGCUGUAACCUCUUGGAUACUUGAAGUAGUAACCUGACAAGAUAAAUGCAUUGGAGUAAGAUUUAAACCCAAACUUACAAGCUGAUCCUAUGCUUUUCUACUUGGAAGUAAGUUACAUUGUAUUCAGUAGAACUGACUCCACACUUAAUGUGCAUUGAAAUGCAACCUCAGCCAUCCUAGCAGCCAGGAAUUGACUACAGUAAAUAAUGGUAUAUGAUAUUGAAUACACAUAUAAGAGCUGAAUCAAACACACCAACAAUUUUGGAACACACAGCCCAGAUAACUUUCUUUAUUUUUCUUUCCAUUUUACAACAGUCUGGUGUUCCCAGAAUGGACUGCUCUAGUUCUUACUCAGGGGAAGAUGGUGGGCAGACCACAUCUCAAAGCCACAGUGGUGAAGAUGAGCGACAGUGGCAACAGGAACGCCUUAAUAGAGAGGAAGCCUAUUACCAAUUUAUUAAUGAGCUCAGUGAUGAAGACUACAGGUUAAUGAGAGAUCACAACCUUCUGGGGACUCCAGGUGAGACUUCUAGUACUUAAAAUCUAAUAGAAUUCUUACAUUUAAUACAGAUUUACUGUUAACAUAGUACAAAUUGAAUACAGCUUUUUUUAAUCCACCAUUUUGAAACUGUAUAAUAAACUUGGUAUGAAGCAAUGGGUAGAUAAACAUAAUUAUGGAUAGAAUUUGUUCCUCAUGUGCUUUGGAAACAUAGAAAUUAUUUUUAAAAAUGUGCAUUAAAAAUGUCCUUGUGUCUAGUGCAUGCUUAUAAUUCUGCUUCCGUAGUCUGGUCAUGCCAGGUUAACUCCUUGUUCUUGGUCCUUGUUCUUUCAUCUUUUAGUUCUCAAUGAAGUCUAGGUUUAUGCAAAACAGAGGAAACACAAAAUAUUAGAUUUCAGUUUCUUAAACUUGAUUCUAGAAUCAUUACAUUUUGGUCAGUACUAGGCACAGCAAUCCAAACCCCUGAUCUGCACUGUUAAAUGAGUUUAGAGGAAGAGGUGUCCCACUACUGGGCUUUAUUGGUGCAUGGGGUCACCACUGCAGCCAAACCCCCCAGCCCAAUUGCUGAAAGUGUGGUGGAGUGCAUACUGCUGCCUGUGAAAACCAUUGUAAAGGCCCAUUACAUUAUAGUGGCAGAGAAGGGCCAGCAAUGGAUCUGCUGAAUCCAAAGCCAGGCCACUUCCUAAAGAAGGGCCUAAUCAGGGUCUCUUUACUGUGCCAGCCUGAAACUAUAGCAGCAAAAAUGUUUAGAAAACCACCACUGCCACCUUCUGCUCUGGCCAGCACAAGUGGCAGGGCUUUUAAUGUUACUCCCAGCCAGUAUUUUGGAUUGCUGUAUCAAAACUGCAUUGUCAAAAUGCAGAACCUUGUGUCUUUGUUGUUUGGUCGUUUAGUCGUGUCCGACUCUUCGUGACCCCAUGGACCAGAGCACGCCAGGCACUCCUGUCUUCCACUGCCUCCCGCAGUUUGGUCAGACUCAUGCUGGUAGCUUCGAGAACACUGUCCAACCAUCUUGUCCUUGUGUCUAGUGCAUGCUUAUAAUUCUGCUUCCGUAGUCUGGUCAUGCCAGGUUAACUCCUAUGUUGCUUUUAUUAGUUAAAAAUAGGAAUAGCUGCUCUGUUUGCUUCUAUGUCUUCAACCAGUAUCUGAACCAAUAAAUAAACUGGUCAUAUUGCUAUCUGUUUCAGGAGAAAUAACAGCAAAUGAGCUGCAGCAGCGUUUGCUAGGUGCAAAGGAACAUUUGGCAUCACAUUCUGACAGAGAAAAUAGAGACUGGGAAGGAGGUACUGUCGGAGGUAAGCUGUCAUUUUAAUAUAGUAAUCUCUUGAUUAACUUCUGGCAGGUGCAGGCUCUUUAGGUACCUUAGCAAAAUUAGUAUUUGUUAAAAUCAGCAGCCAACAAACCCUAUUGCAAUGACCUUGUCCAAGGAAAGGAAGGUAAACAGUUGGAGAAAGGAUAGCAUUUUCAUUGUGCAGAGCUGCUGCAUGGGAGUUAAGGAAAACUAGAGCAGGAUUUCUAGGCAAGAGAGUCUGUGCUCUGUGGCUGCAUAUAGUGCACUUCGCAGAGAGGUGAGGGCAGUGUUUAAUAGAAGGACAAGGAAAGAGACCUGCAGGAAAUCAGUCUUAUGGCAAGUAAAGCUAUCUGCUUUUUGUAUGAAGAUGUUGUUUAAUCCUGUGAAAGAAGGAAGCUCCACUAGAUUGCUGAGAAGUGAAAGGCACAAAGGUGCUAUACUUCUGCUGAGUAGUGCAAAUAUUUUUGGCUACUUAUUCAAGAUGUAAUCUGUGGUCUUUUGCUGUCAUUAUAUGAAAACACUUUCCACCUGCAGUAUUAGAUGAAACUAGAAUGCGCAGAGUUAGUAUACCUUGUUUUAGGCACAACCAGUUUCAGCCUUUACACCCAACUUGGUUGCAAAAUAAUUCUGAUAAUAAAACCAAAAUUGGUUGGUCUUAAGAGUGCCCCUGAAGAAGAAUUCAAAUUGAAACAGGCUGGACUCACAACAUUCUUCUUUGCACCUGAAAACCUUUCCUGUAUUUGGUGCUUUCUCACCUUGCUUUCUUAUUUUUGGCUGUUCUGGUAGGCAGGAAAGAGCACUCUGGACCCUAACAAUGAGGAGGACAGAGAUAGAUGGGUGAGGAGAGAAUAGAGAAGCAAUUUCCUUUCUUCCUCUGCUGUGGGCUGCUAACUCCAGACACUACUCUCCUCUCCUAUGACCUUCCACACAGUUUUCCUAUCGAUUUUAAUGGCUUCCCCACUUGUAACUUGUACAUUUAUUUGUACCAGAUACCACCAGCGCAAAUUGGACUUCCCUAUUUUUGUCAAGGCAUGGCUUGCUCUUUCAAAGCUUUUCAUUUUUGCUUCCAAGACUGAGACCCAGUUGCACAUGUGAUUCCCACCCCCCUCAAUAUCACCUACUAUAUCCAGUUAUGCUCCUCGGGGUUUUGAACCUAGAAACUAGUAGGUGAAAUCCCACUAACAUAAAACUUUAAAAGAGUUCUGCUUAUUUGGAAUUUCUAAAAGUGCUCAUUCGCACGUUACUGAGAUCACGUGUCCAAACAGUACACAAUAUGACUGAAAUGUGCACAGUUGUGUAUACAGGUGCCCGCACACACAAACAGCUAGGUAUAAAUUAUGUGGCUUGUUUGCUGGGUCUAAAUUGUAGCAUCAACGCUAUGAAAGAUAAUUAUGUAUGCCUCAAAUUUCUAGGCUAGCGGAAGCAGAAAAUAAUUGAGUGGGGACUAUAGAUUCGGGAUGGGAGACAGUUAUUUUUUUACAUGAAGGGUAGAUAUAGAGGUUGUACACAGCUCUUAGAUACACGAGAAGUUGUGGGGAGACUGGUGCAUCAGAUUAGGCUUUUGAUUGACAUCUUUAAGAAGCAAAGAAUAUAACUCUUCAAACAUAGUUGACCUCUGUACUGGGUGGCUGGCUUUUAGAUUUCAUAGCAUUUGUAAGGGAAGCAGAAUGAGAGCUCUGUAUGUGAUAGAUGACCAUAUGACUGACUGUUCAGGCUAGCAUGUAUUUGAGGUGUCACGUGACAAUUGCAGUUAGCUGCUUUGUCUAAGUGAAGCGAGUCAUGAAAAAUUUCUUCUUUCUUUUUUUUAAAAAAACUACUUACAGAUGCAGAAACUGUUGGGGGAAAUUCAACAAACAGCUCGCUGCUAGAGUGGCUGAGCACAUUCCACCGUACAGGAAAUUCCAGCCAUAGUGGACAGAGUGGGAACCAGACUUGGAGGGCUGUAAGCCGAGCAAACCCGAGUAGCGGGGAAUUUCGGUUUAGUCUUGAAAUAAAUAUAAAUCAUGAACAUAACAGUGUUGACGCUCCUGGGGAAGAAUUGAACGGCUACCUUCUUGGUGAUCCCAAUGGAAGGCAGGUAGAGAACAGGUCUCUGAUAGAAGAGAGUCCCAUAGCCAGCCGAACAAGGAGCAGGACAUUGAGAGAGACUGUUGGUCGUGCAGUUGCCUCGUCAAGGGCUGGCAACGUUAGUGGCUCAGUGACACAAAAUGCUGAAGUAGCAACUCAGUUAUUCCCUGGCAGACUCAGAAACAGAAGCUCAGCAGGCCUUGCAGCACACAACAACGUCUUAGAUGACAAUGAACACAACAUUAUUAGGCAAAGGAGAAUUCACAGAGUCUCGUCAGUGACUGUUCACAGAAGGAGAGCUAGAACUCGGAGGAAUGCAAGGCAAAGGCCAGAGGUUUUAAGACUAAGAUCAACAUUCAGUAGUCAGUUUCAGUCCCAUUUGGAAAGAAGGCAACGUAUGAAUGCACAGCAAAUCCAUAGAAGGUCUGGCCAGGCGCAAACAGCCCAGCCGCCUCCUGAGCAAGGUGAGGACCAAGUGCCAACACUGGGCAUAACAUUGGAAGAGGAGGAAUCUACCAGACCCACAACUGCACCUAGAAGACAUCCUAUUAUUACAUUAGACCUUCAGGUGAGAAGAAUUCGUACUGGAGAAAAUAGAGAUCAAGACAGCAUUGCUACUAGAACUCGUUCGAGAGCAGGCACGGCAGACAACGCAGUCAGUUUCGAAAGCGAUAGGGAGGGUUUCCGUCAGACCGUUUCACGAUCUGAACAUGCGGGCAUACGGACGUAUGUUAGCACCAUACGGAUACCCCUGCGUAGGAUAUCUGAAAUUGGGCUCGGGGAAUCUUCAUCGGCGGCUCUUAGAUCAAUUCUACGGCAAAUUAUGACUGGAUUUGGAGAGCUAAGCUCCUUAAUGGGCACCGAGUCAGAUUCCGAAGCUCAGAGGAGUGGUCAGCACUCGGCAGACACGCAGUCAGAACUGUUUAACGUGCACACACUAAGCAGCAUUGGUGAGUUCAGUGAAGCUUCUCUUCGAAGCAGGCCUGCUGAACAAGGUAGCAGAGAAUGGCAUGGAGAAACCAAUGCGACCCAACACUACAAUCAAAGUAAUGAAGCUCAAGGUAACAGACAGUUCCAAGAUGCAAGCAGUUUUGUUGAAAGUGGAACGCUUCCCAUCCUUCGUCUUGUACCUUACCUUUUAUUAGAUGAAAGUACUAGUGACCAUUUGAGGGGGUUAACCAAAGAACAAAUUGACAAUCUUUCUACUCGCAAUUAUGGGCUUCCUGGUGCAGAAGAGGGUGAAGUAAGCAAGACCUGUAGUGUUUGCAUUAAUGAAUAUGUUUCAGGAAAUAAACUAAGGCAGUUGCCCUGUAUGCAUGAGUUCCAUUUUCACUGUAUUGAUCGCUGGCUUUCUGAGAAUUCCACUUGCCCAAUUUGUCGACAACCUGUAGUAGCUUAACAUUGCAGGCAGUGGAUAAUUCCUCAAAUUUUUGAAUUUGUGUACUCCAUUGGGAGCCUGGUGGUAUUUUACUAACUUUGAAUAUGAGGAGUGAGUGUGUAAAAGAAGUUUAAAAUUGGAGGUGACCUCGCUACAUGUGGCAGUGAACUUCUUUUCUUAAAAGGCAAGUGUAAGGGUGAAGAUCAAUCGAAUAGGCCUCAUGCAAUUAUAUUUUUCUAAAAUAUUCCCUUAUAUAAAGCACUUCUGUAAUAUAGAAACGUAAUUGUUUGUGUUAACAGUAUGAUCUUUAUUGAGAUUUCAGUUUUUGUGAAGUUGUUGAAAUAAUCUUUUGUUAACCAUUUGCUCUAUGAGCGAUCCUUUUUUAUGUUGCAAAAGUAACUGGAAACCUGGGCAUCUGGCAGGAGGUACUUUAAAUAGAGUAGGUGUUUUGAUUUAAAUAUGCAGUGGAUAUUUUUAUAGAAUACCCUGCCCAUUUGGUUUUAUUAAUUUUAUAGGCAGUUUUUGCAUGUUUUAUACAUGGCUUACUGUUGCCCAUUAACCUUUACAGUGGAUGUGGUUCUUGGGGGUCGACUGAAAUUUGCUUCAAAGGACUGACUUAUACAGAAUGUUUAUUUAGCCAUGAGAUUACAUUAGAGAACUAUUAAUUUAUGUUCGCCAGUUCUACGUUGACCUCAGAACAUUGCUUAAUGAAUACAGAAACCGUAUGUUUAGGUUACUCAACAGACGUUUAAGCACAUUCCAGUUAGUUUUUUUCGAAAACUUUUUUUUAAUUUGAUGGUGGAAGAGUGCCAUGGAUAAGUAACUUGCAAGCAGCAAGCACGAUUUAUGUUUCGUUUUUGUACAUUUUAUCAUUUUGUUGUAAGACAGUCUCUUCUGCACAUGUAAUUUUGAACCAUGGAGAGUUUUCUGAGAAUCAGAUGCCAUCACUUGUUAAGGGAAAGAUGUAUGCUUACUACAAAAAUGCAAGAGAAGCUGUAUACUUGGACCUUAAAGCUUAUACCAAUACCUGACAAAAUAAUAAAAGUGCAAGAACAAAACAGA